GCUCUGACUGGGUUUGGCGUUUCGGGCAAUAAGGCGGCUGGGGAGAUCUGAAGCUGACGCCAAGGCACUUGAGUUAUCUUUAGCAGAAGAGAAAUGGAGGAGCCAUAGAACAUUAAGGAUGAAUUCAGGAAGACCUGAGACCAUGGAAAACUUACCUGCUCUCUACACUAUUUUCCAAGGAGAGGUUGCCAUGGUGACAGAUUAUGGAGCCUUUAUCAAAAUCCCAGGUUGUCGGAAGCAAGGUCUGGUCCAUCGAACUCACAUGUCCUCUUGUCGGGUGGACAAGCCUUCUGAGAUAGUAGAUGUUGGAGACAAAGUGUGGGUGAAACUGAUUGGUCGAGAGAUGAAAAAUGAUAGGAUAAAAGUAUCCCUCUCCAUGAAAGUUGUCAACCAAGGGACUGGGAAAGACCUCGAUCCCAACAAUGUUAUCAUUGAGCAAGAAGAGAGGCGAAGGCGAUCCUUCCAGGAUUACACUGGGCAGAAGAUCACUCUUGAGGCGGUCCUGAACACUACCUGCAAGAAGUGUGGCUGUAAAGGUCACUUUGCAAAAGAUUGCUUCAUGCAACCAGGUGGGACCAAAUAUUCUCUGAUACCUGAUGAAGAAGAAGAGAAAGAAGAGACAAAGUCAGCAGAAUUUGAGAAACCUGAUUCCAUGAGGAAUUCUUCCCGGAAAAGAAAAAAGGAAAAGAAGAAAAAGAAACAUAGAGACAAGAAGUCAUCUGACUCCGACAGCUCAGACUCUGAGAGUGAUACAGGCAAGAGAGCAAAGCACACAUCAAAAGAUAGCAAGGCGGCUAAGAAGAAGAAAAAGAAGAAGAAGCAUAAGAAGAAGCACAAGGAAUGAGAGUAGAAAAGAGAGGACGGGGUGGUUGAGAGAAUAAGGAACCAGGAGUUUUGUGCCUUGAAGCUCUGGCUCCUGAAAAGACUCAAUAGUGAGAAUAUGGCCUCCCACCCCGUUGACAUCUAUGGGAAUGCAGCAAGCAGGUUUGGGAGUUACAGGUCAGAAGCAGCCGCCUGAAUGAGUUGUUCUUUCCUUACUGCUUCUGAUCUCUUUGCAGUUGACCCCUGAGGCCCACCCAUUCAUUCACCCUAUUUUUUUUCAUUCAGCAGGAGGUCUGUUUACCCUCCUCAGCUACCACUGCCAGAGCUGGAUACCUUUAUAGGAGUCCAGGCUAAAGCCACAAGUACUGCUGUGGAGGUGAGAGCCUGGCUGUAUUUGAACAGUGACUGGUGCCUUCCUGUUGUCUGUCUUGAACCAGGCGAUGGGUUAGUUUAUGCUGCCUAUGUGGGAGCAGAGGGAAACUGGCAGCAAGAGGGAGAACGUGGUAAGGAGUGGUGCUCACUUUUUCCAUUCCCUAGUAUGGUUCUACUAGGCUAGAAGUGACAGCCAGUGACCACAGCCAUAAAACAGUCAUUUGCAGUUUGACUUAUCUUGUAUAUGACAUUCCAACAGACCACUGAACCAGACAUAUGAAGCCAAGGUCAUUGCUCUACUUUCUAUUUAUUACUGUAUGAUUUGGCUAGUUCCACUUCAGGUCUCUGCUUAAAUUCCUGGCACUAAAUGGAAAUGUGUUUGGUUUGAAACCUGCUCAAAGUUCUUAUUCUUAUAAUCCUUCUUCUUGGUUAACAUAACAGAUUUAAAGUCACUGAAUCUGCAUUAGUUUAUAGAAAAACAUUUAAUAUGUUCCCUUAGACCUUGGAGAGAAGCCUAGCCAAGGGCUGAUACAAAGCUAGAGGUACUAGCAGGCCACAGCUUUCUUGGAAGAUCACUUAUAAACCCUUCUGUAAUGAUCAGAUGAUCUAUUUUCCCAGAGUUGAUUAGAGAACCAGUAAGAAUUUAUAACCUUUGAGUACUAGCCUGGUGCAUAAUGAGAGCUUAGCAGUCAUCUUGGCCACUGGUCAUCUUCUCCCACAGUAGCCCAAGCCUGGAUCCUAUGAUCCUGUACUCUGGGAAGGGAGAAACCACAGCAUCCCACAAAGGGCCAGACAAAAGAAAGUACUCAGUGCAGUAUGGGCCAGGGGUGACAGUUCAGUGGUCAACGCGCCAAUGACUGGAAUAGGUGAUUUGACCCAGGGAGGAGCAAUGUCAAGGCAAGAUGUAGGUGCAGCUAUCAUCAUUGAAUGUCCCUGACAUUGUCCAUUUUAGCUUCUCAUCCAGUGUUUCAAGUGACCUUAAAGCAGUUAUUUCUGCCCAUUGACACCUGGGGAAAACUUAGACUCCCAGAACCACAUCACCAGAGGCAACUGCAUGGCCUCUGCUCUGCUUUAUUGACUUCAGAGCAUAUUGGAUACAGUUUAAAAAAAAAAAGAAGAAAAGGAACACAUACAUACACAAUGGAAACUG